AUUAUCGAUAUAAGGCAUCGGCACGCCUCUGCUUGUCUCUUCUCUCCGAAUUCUUUCGUUUUAGAAGCGGAGGAAGUGAGUGGAGGCCAUUUGAGACGAUGCGUUUUAGGCCAAAGCCAAGAGGAGGAGAACAAGGGAGGAGGAAAAGCGGGUUCUUUUUUCGAUUUCCAUGUUCCAUGCUCCAAAGCGUUCAACCUGUUGAUUUAGCUCUCCUGAAUGGUCGUUGUACUGCUUAAGACGAGCGGAGAAAAUCCCAUCGAAGCGUAGCAAUGGUGGUUGAGCCGUGGAUACAGAAGAUGCGGAAGAAGAAAGGGGGGCGGGAUCCACUGAAACACGGAGAAGCCUCUGCCUCGGUCAUUGGCAUCCUCUCCUUCGAGGUUGCCAACGCGAUGUCACGUGCCGUCCAUCUCCACCGUUCUCUCUCCGACGGCGAAAUCUCCAACCUCCAUCACCAGAUCCUCUCCGCCCCUGCCCUUCGCUCUCUCAUCUCCCCUCACGAAAACCACCUCCUCGCCCUUGCCGUCGCCGAGAAGCUCGACGAACUAAACCGCGUCGCCGCCGUUACUUCCCGCCUAGGUCGUCGCUGCUCUCUACCCGCUCUCCAAGGCUUCGAACAUGUGUACUCCGACUUACUCGCCGGCCGAAUCGACCCCUCCGCUCUCGGCUUUCUCUCCCGCGACAUGGAUGGCACCGUUCGCAAGAUGGAGCGGUUCGCUUCCUCCACUGCCGCUCUCUACUCCGAGCUCGAAACCCUUACAGAGCUUGAGCUUUCCGCCAAGAAAUUCCCUCCCACGCCUGCUAACGAACAUACCCGCAAGGUGUUCGAUCAAAGGAUUCAGUGGCAGAGGCACGAUGUCAAGCAGCUUCGGGAUUCCUCUCUUUGGAAUCAAAGCUAUGACAAAGUCGUCCUCCUCCUUGCUCGCGCAGUUUGCACGAUUCAUUAUCGGAUCUGCCAGGUGUUCGGGGACUCCAUUUUGGAGUUGGAGAACAUAUCAGCCAAUGAAAGCCAACAGCUUUUUGGCUCAAUUGUUGUCUUCCGACAUCUCCCAUUGAAUUCUGGUCUUCUCAGGUCAGAUGCAGGAGAUAACAGGUCAGGGAAGAUUCAGAAAUCUGGUCAGAUGGUGGAGCCUGGUGUAAAUCUCCAUCGUGAUGGUCUCAGGUUCAACUGCAGAGCUAAUCCUGGAAAGCUCUUCAUGGAAUGUCUCAGCUUGAGUGGUCCGGCUUCAUGGAAAGACUCAAAUGAACACUUUGAGGAGCAUAGCUGUGUUAGCCAGAGUAGGACUGGUUCUCUUGUUCCAUUCAGUGGGGAGCAAGGCUGCAUAAGGGGAAGCAUUGGGAGGCCGAGGUUCGGUCCCAAGGUUAGACUGACAAUGCUUGCACCUUCUUCAACCGUUGGUGGCUCAGCUCUUGCUCUUCAUUAUGCUAAUAUCAUAAUUAUCAUAGAAAAGCUUCUUAGUUAUCCCCAUCUAAUUGGAGAGGAAGCAAAGGAUGAUCUCUACCAGAUGUUGCCUGCGAGCUUGAAGACAGCUCUAAGGAAGAGCCUAAAGUAUUAUGUAAAGGAUCUGGCAAUAUAUGAUGCUUCUCUUGCUCAUGAUUGGAAGGAAUCAAUUAAAAAGAUAUUGAGCUGGAUGUCUCCUAUGGCUCAUAAAAUGAUUCGUUGGCAGGCCGAGCGCAAUUUUGAGCAGCAGCAAAUUGUUCUAAGAAAGGGUGUUUUACUUCUUCAGACUCUUUAUUUUGCUGAUAGGGAAAAGACAGAGGCUGCUAUAUGUGAGCUUUUAGUCGGUUUAAAUUAUAUCUGCCGGUAUGAGCAACAGCAGAAUGCAUUGUUGGAUUGUACAAGCAGUAUGGAUUUUGAUGAUGGGCUUGAUUGGCAGGUGCAGUGUUGAACAUAACCAUGCUGAGUGUUCUCAAGAAUUACUAAGAGUUUGUUGUAAGAUUUGAUUUAUUUUUCUUAAUCCUCAUCAAAUAUCAAAAUGAUGAGGCAUACAUUAGCUAUUGUUGAUCUGAAGAGGUAUAAAAUUGUAGCUUUUUGUA